GGUGAUAUUCAGAGUCGUUAUGGCGUCGCACCGAACGGGAAUGGGAUUUUUCAGUUGCCGCAUGUAUUGGAAUUUACCAGUCAUGUUCCACGUUCUUUUGUAGUUAAAUAUACACAUGAAAAUGAAGGAAGAAGAUAAUAUACCGGGAACGGUCAAUGGCACCGUUAUGGAGCGAAAACAAGGUGGUGUCGAAGAUAGCAGGGGUUGUACAGACACACUGGUCUACGAAGCGGGAUCUAAUCAAGCUGCAGGUCGUGGCGACCGCAAUGGUACAGGAAACCGUGUCGGAACGGGGAUACGCGUUCUAAAGCGGAACAUGAAGAGGAAUGGGAGCAGAGGCUGUGUUACCAGGAAGACCCGCUUUGGAUCGCGGGAGCGGGACUGGCUGAAGGGGGAUGCCCAGCGGGGCUGUGUGUGUCUGUACGGGGGAACAGUUGACCCCCAGCCCCCAGCCUCGGGCCCACAGGUCUCCUCCACCCUCCAGGCAGACCUGCGGCUGGUGCUAUGCUCCACCACUACCACGGUGGAGGAGCUGUGUGCCCAGAGAGAAGUAGAGGGACUAUACCUGCAGCUCCAUGGAGACCUGCUCAGGAGGCUGGACCCCUCUGAGCGCCCUCUCCAGAUGGUGUAUGACUACCUGGCUGCUAUAGGCUACCAGGACCCUCUGCGGGUUCAGAGAGAGGCGGCCAACUCGGACCUCAGCUGCAUGAUCCGCUUCUACAGUGAGUGUCCAGUGAACGCGGACCAGCAGGAGCGAACCCUGUUGACGGGCGUGUUCAGCGUCAGGAAGGGAAAGACCCAGCUGCACAAGUGGGCAGAGCGCCAGGUCCUCCUGUGUGGAACCUGUCUGAUUGUGGCCUCCGUCAAAGAUAGCCUGACGGGGAAGAUGCACAUCCUGCCCCUGGUGGGGGGAAAGGUGGAGGAGGUGAAGAGGAGACAGCACUGUCUGAUGUUCAGCUCAGCCGGACCUCAGGCCCAGACAUACUUUGUUAACUUCGACACACUGGCAGACUAUCAGAGGUGGCAUCGGCAGGCUUCAAAAGUGGUUUCUCAGACCAUCAGCCUGGUGGAUCUGUCAUGCUACAGUCUGGAGGAGGUACCAGAGUACCUGUUCUACAGCCAGGACCUCACCCAUCUCAACCUCCGACACAACUUCAUGUCCCUGCAGGGCCCCGGAGGACUGCUCAACCUCCCCAGGUUUUCCCAGCUGAAGAGCCUGAACCUUUCACAUAACCGCCUGGGAGUGUUUCCAGAGUCUGUCUGUGAGAUCCUCACCCUGACAGAGCUCAACCUCUCCUGUAACGGCAUGAACACUGUCCCCGCACAGAUAGGCAACCUCCAGAGUCUGCAGACCCUGUCUCUGGAUGGGAAUCAGUUGAGCUUCCUUCCUGAAGAGCUUGGCGGCCUAGCUCAGCUUAGCAGCCUGGGGCUUUCCUUCAACAACUUCCCCCACAUACCUGGUGUGCUGGAUAGGCUAAGUGGCAUGGACAAGUUAGCCAUGGCUGGGAACAGGGUGGAGACCCUGGAGCUGGGGAUCCUUGCCAGGAUGAGCCACCUCAAGAACAUCGACCUGCGGCUGAACGGUCUGCGCUGGGUGAAGAGUGAGGCCCUGGAGGCAGUGAAGCAGGUGACCCAGCUGGACCUGAGGGACAACCACUUGGCCACCCUGGACCUGAGCUCCAUCUGCAGCCUGGAAAUCCUGCACUGUCAGAGAAACCAGCUGAGGGCGCUAACGCUGAGUGGCUUCACCCUGCGCAUGCUCCACGCCAGCAGCAACCGCCUGACCACAGUCAACAUCUACCCAGUACCCAACCAGCUGACACAGAUGGACCUAUCACGGAACCUGCUGGAGUACCUUCCAGACUGGGUGUGUGACAGUAGAAAGGUGGAGGUGCUGGACGUUACACACAACUUCCUGUCUGAACUACCAGCCAGACUGCUCAGCAGCCUGAGUCUGAGGAAGCUGCUGGCUGGGAACAAUAGGCUCCAGAGACUGCCUGACCUACUUGACCACAUCCCCCUGGAAGUACUCGACCUCCAGCACAACAAGCUAGGCGAGCUCCCAGAGAGCCUCUUCUACAAGGCCUUAAACCUAAAGUACCUGAACGUGUCAGCUAAUGCCCUGGAGACAAUUCCCCCCAGCAGCCAAUCAGAGGAGAGUCUCAGCACCCUCCAGGAACUGUACCUGACGGGGAACAAACUGAAUGAGAACUGCGCUGCUCUGCUUGUGGGACACCAGAACCUCAGAGUCCUGCACAUGGCCUACAACCAGUUGCUCUCUUUCCCUGCCAGUAAACUGAGUAAACUAGAGCUGCUGGAGGAGCUGAAUCUGAGUGGCAACAAGCUGAAGACCAUCCCCUCCACUGUAUCCAGCUGUAAGAGGCUACACACCCUCAUAGCACACUCCAACCACAUCAGUGUGUUCCCCGAGAUCCUCAACCUGCCAGAGAUCAAGCUUGUGGACUUGAGCUGUAAUGAGCUGACUGAGAUCCUACUGCCAGACUCUCUAACGGCCACCCUGCACGAACUGGACCUGACUGGCAACAGCAGCCUCUUGCUGGAGCACAAAACACUCAACCUGUUCAGUCACAUCACCACCCUGAAGCUGGACCAGAAGCCAGCCAUGGCCACCGGGGACUCCCUGGGCUCCUCCACCCUGUGGAACCACGGCUACUCUGAGAUGAGCGGGCAGAGGAACAAAUUGUGUGUGUCUGUGCUGGCAGUGGACCGCUUUGGGGAUAGUGUUGAGGCGACCUAUGGCGUCUUCGACGGAGACCGCAAUGAGGAAGUUCCUCGUCUGUUGCAGUGCACCAUGGGAGAUGUGCUGUCGGAGGAGCUGCUGCAUUCCAGUGUGGACAGUGUGUACAUGAGCAACACCUUCCUCACCUCACACAGGAAACUGGGCAUGGCUGGUCAGAAGCUGGGUGCAUCUGCCCUGCUCUGCUACAUCCACCACGAGCCGUCGGAGCUGGGCAGCUACUUCAGCCUGACGGUGGCCAACGUGGGCAGCUGCCAGGCGGUGCUGUGUCGAGAUGGCCAGCCCCUGCCCCUCUCCAAGGUCUUCAGCCUGGAGCAGAGCACCGAAGAGAUGGACAGGGUCAAACUCAGCAAGGCGAUCAUCACUGAGGAUAACAAAGUGAGUGGAGUGACAUGCUGCUCUCGCCUGCUGGGAUGCACUUAUCUGUCUCCCUGGGUGCUGCCCAAGCCCUGGGUGUGCACUGAGCCCCUGUGUUCCCAAGAUGAGUUCUUGAUCCUGGGGAACCGGGCGCUGUUUGAGAGGGUGUCCUACCAGGAGGCUGUGUGCACCGUGCAGGCCGUGAGGGACCCCCGCGCAGCUGCCAAGAAGCUCUGCACGCUGGCCCAGAGCUACGGCUGCCGGGACAAUGUGGGGGCGGUGGUGGUGUCCCUGCACAUCGGGGAGGACAGCUGUACCUGUGAGCCCCCUCACGCCAGUACUGGUACUGAACCCCGGGGACUCCCUCCAACACCCCUCCCCGUCACUGCUCCCCCAGGGGACCCGGCCACGCCCUCCUCCAGCAGUGGCAUCACUUCAGAGUUCAACAGCGAGACUUCGGCCUCAGAGGUGGGGAGUGAGGCGGGCUCCACAGCCUCUGACGAGCACCCCUCCACUGGCCCCACGGCCCGACCUGAGAGGCGCUGUAGUCUCCACCCUGCAGCCACGCUCUGUGCCCCCGCGGGACCCGGCUCAGCUGGGGUAGGGUGGCCCCCCCCUGUCCUGUUCCAGCGCCAGCCCUCCUGUGCCGCCUUCUCCAGUAACCAGUCUGACAACGGGCUGGACAGUGAUGACGAGGCUCCACUAGAGGGGGUCAUCUCCAACGGGAGCAAGCUGGAGGUGGAGGUGGACAUCCACUGCUGUGCUUUCCAGAUCCGUUCUGGGCCAGCCGCGAGCCCAAAGGACCACAACCUGGACAAGACACGCUCAGACUACCCCAACGGAAAGAUGCGUCGUCAGAACAGCGUGGUGGUGUCAGCCACUAAUGGCUGCCUGCUGGCUGUGUGUGGCAGAGAGAUCUCCGACCUAAAGAAGUCCCCCUCCACCUCCAGCCUCUUUGGGAAGAAGCUUUCCAACGGCUCCGUGGUGGCCCCGGAAGAUAGCCACAACCUCAUCGAGGUAGCCCUGGAGGCCCCUAAGAAGAAGUCGGGUUACUUCACUGCCCCUGCGCAGCAGGACCCCGAGGACCAGCUGGUAGUGCCUCCCAGUCUAGAGCAGGAUGUUAGGGAACAGCUGAGGGGCCAGAGCCCUAUGGUCCCAGGACCUCCACCCCCUUUCACACCCCCCUCCAUCAGAGACACUGUGUGGGACCACCCCCACCCCCCUGCUCCCAUGCUGCCCCAGCGGGACCUCGCCACUAACCCUAUCCCUGCCCUACAGCAGGAAGUCUAUGAUACUGCCCUCUAGAGGGGGCCAGAGCACAGUGCCACCCUGUGGUAGUCCUGUGACAGUGCCAUACCAGGGGGGGCAGAGGAGGUCUCUCUGGCACAGGUGGGAUAUUCCAGUUCAAGUUUCCAUUCAGCUCUGUCAUGAAGACCAGAUGGACAUGUGGGGCCUUAACUGUUCACACAUGAAUGCGUUACGUCACGUUAGACGUAGAGAGGUGCUUAGCUAACUGUCUGAUGAACCUGGUGGAACUGUCUGAGUAUCAGAGCUGAACAGGCACUGAAGUCACCAACCAUGAAAAUAGGUUGUGAAAAGAAGGGGGCCACCGGAGGACAAAUACCCCAGCCUGAACUAGAAUACCUCAUGCGUUUUAGACUGCAGAACUUGUUUGCAACAUUUCCCUUUACUUGGAAGGAAGGUCAAAUAGUGAAAUGGUAGAAUAAUCCAUUUGAGUGUGUUAUCAUUCCAUUGCUGGGGGCUGCAGGGGCUCCUAGAUCCCAGGGACAAGUCCUGUGACCAAAAGGUGAAAAAGUGCCUACUGUAGAUGACUCAGCCCCAGAUGUCCCUGCCUCCCUGCCUGUGUGUGUAUGGAGGGGGGAGGGGACACACAUCAGUAUUAACCCUGGAAUAGGACAUCACUGUGUGACAGCGUCCUCCAGGGGCCACCAAUGGUACAGCCACUUCUCGCGCUCGCGCUCUCUCUUUCUGUCUGUCUGUAUAUAUAUCCUACUUUAUCUCCCUCUCUAACCUGUUGACUGCACAAUAGCUGGCAGGACUGGAAACUGGGCUGACUGGCCUUACUCUGUGGCACAAGGAUUCAGACUGUGUAUGCUAGAGGCAGGUAGGAACAUAACAGCAAGCGAUAAAAAAAACGAAUCUAAUUUUUAUUUACUAAAAAAACUAAGAAGUGACCCUUUCUAUCAACACCAUAAUCCUCUAUAUGGGAAAUACAGUUAGUAUCUAUAUACACAUUUAGUCUGAGCAGUGUAGUGCAGAACCACAUAGUGGUGUAAUCACAAGGCCAGCUUGGCCUAGUCCCAGCAUCAGGAUGCGUAUCCAUUUGGAAACCAUUGAAGCCUUGCUGGGAGGAAUAAUACAGAAAAUAACAUUCAAAAAUAGCAUCAAGCUCUCAUAAAAAGGCAAACGCAAAAUAACAGUGCAUUGCUCACCUGUACAGAACCAAUAUGGCAUACCGCUUCAAAACCAUUAUUGUAACACUGUGUCCGUGACAGUGCAUGGUCAGCAAAUUUUAACAGAAAAAGUCAUUAUAUUAAUUAUGUUUUAUGGGCAACAUGAGUGGUGACAAUGAAGACGAAACAAUUGUUCACGGUGUUCAUAUCUCAAAGACGCUACAAUGCCAGAUACUGUACAGUAAUCAUUACAAGUGAUGGGUGAAAAAACAUGUUCUUCGCAUUAUUCGAGUGCCAUCAUUUAAGGAGUCCAGAUACUGUGAGGUGUGUAGCCCCUUUUUCUUUAGUUUUUCUAGUUUCAUGCUUGUUGUACCCAGGAAAUUGUGCAAAAUCUCUCCAGUGACCAACAUAUCAAAAGUGUUUCUUAAGGUUUGAGAAUCAUUCUGUUCCCUUCAUUCCAUUAGCUUCACAGUCAACUGAACAAAAUAUCCAUGAGUAGUGUACUAAAAUGAGGAUGUAACAUGGUAUAUUAUUUUACAUGUAUAUGAAAAGUAUGCAUGUUGUGAAAGUCUAUUUUAAUCAUGCAGUUUGCAUAAUUCCUUUGGAGCCUGUAGAUAUAGCUGGCUGAUGCUCUUCAUUUUAAGUCAGUGACCGGCGAGAGAAAGAGUAAAAAUAAUUGAAAUAAUUAGAUAUUUCAUUCUCAUAGAUCUAGUGACAGAUUCAAUAAGGGUUUGUGGGACAUCUGGUGAUGAUAACUUUGAAUUGCCUCAAAUGUUAGUUCUAUAUCAGUGAAUAUCACCAGUGUACUCUACCACCGCUACCACCUACUGUAUAACAGAUUCAGAACAAGCACAGUGUGUUUUUGUUGGCAGGACAGAAAAGCUCAUUGUUGUCUUGGCGACAAUAAGGGCUGGUUUGAGUAAGAGGGGUGGUGUGAAGCUCACAUGAGUGGCAACACCAAACCAUUUCAACAGGUGGGUGGAUGACUGGAUGGGGUAUUGUGAAGGAACAACGUUUCAAGAGGUAUGUAAGGACACCUGACCUAAUGCUGAGGAGGAUGUUCUCUUACUCUUCUUUCACAGUGUGGAGACAAGCCUUUGUCUGUUCCAUAUGUUUCUAAGCUGUCAGAGGACCCUUGGUUAAUACCAUCCAACCAAUGAGGAAAACGGGUUUAUCAGAUUACGUUUGUGGAAUUUUAGCAAAAAUGAGCAAAGCACUUUUGUGUCCCGAGAAGAGUGAAAAAACUCAAGUAUUGAGUGUAAGCCAUUCGUUUUGCAUCAGAAUUUGAGUUCAGACUUUAUUUGGGGCAUUUGCUAAUGGUUUUAGUGUUGCUAAGGUAUGGAGUGGCCCUGACUUUUAUCUAGCACAGACAUUGUGAAAUAUGUCCGUCAUGGACAUUACUUUGAAUAAAGGCAUCUGCAUAAUAUGGGUCAGUUGACUGUGAAUAUGACAUUUCUAUAAAGUUGCACUUGUGCUCCAGCAAUGUUAGAGGAUAGUAUACCACUAAUUGACUCAUCAUUGAUAUAUCAAAGCUGCAGACCAAAAUCUUUCACCCUUCCCCUUUGUGCCAAACUGCCUAACCCUAACCCAUUUUAGAGAGGACAACUUUCUGACUUAGUAAGAGAGGGCUUGUGGUCUGACAAGAGAAUGACUGGGAUGUGUUCCUAGAUGCCACUGUGAGAAGGCUAGUGGCAUGGUUGUAAUACUUACCAUAGCUGGUUAGCUAGCUACAACCCACUCUAUGCUUGUUCAUAGCCUUAAUGCAGCGCUGCCAUUCCUAAUGAUGAUGGUGACUGUCUUUUUCUGUUGGUUUUAUUUCCUUUAGCGGAGCUGGUUUUGCCCUUUGACCUUACGUGGCAAGGUCAGGAGCAUAUAACACGGCAAUAUUUUGCAUUAUUUUCUCCAAAUUGCAGAGGGAGCAAUGUAAUGUUUCAAGCCAGUAGAAUUGGAUUGGGACCAGAGGGGUGGAUUCUAAAGGUUUCGUAGAAUCGGCAGUAUUUUAGAUGCUCAAAAACCUCACAGCGGCUUCGAAAUGGCUAUUUACUUCAUCCUUAACGUUCAAGACUGGAUUGAUUGGUGAAUUUGCCUUUCUAAAGCCUGCUUGCUUAUAAUAUGAGAUGUAUUAUAUACAAUUGAAGUUGGAAGUUUACAUCUUAGUUAGGUCAGUUAGGAUCACCACUUUAUUUUAAGAAUGUGAAAUGUCAGA